CAACACGGUAUCGAAAUGUUACGCCGGUCUUUCAUUUGUAAAAAGGCGAAGAUUAUGUCUUCUGUCGAUGCGCUUAGAGAUAUUGGUGAUGGCGCCUCUGUUGCUGUUGGCGGCUUUGGGCUCUGCGGUGUCCCAUUCAAGUUGCUGAGCCGACUACGCAAGGAAGGCAGAAAAAAUCUUCAUAUCAUCUCUACCGCUACCGGUGGGGAGGAUUCUAUUGGUCUAGGCCCACUAUUACGCGAUGGUCAGGUGAAAACCUUAACAACAUCGUACAUUGGACUAGACAGCUUUCUCGCCAAGCAACUCACACAGGGAAAAUUACGACUGGAGUUGUCGCCGAUGGGAACAUUGGUGGAACGACUCCGUUGUGGGGGUUCCGGUAUUCCCGCAUUCUACACACCAACAGGGUUUGGGACAGAUUUGGCAGAUGGAAAUAUUCCGGUGCUCUUUGCCCCAGAUGGUUCUGGACGUGUGAUUGAGCGUUCUGAACCCCGAGAAACUCGUGAAGUAUCUGGGCGCUGGUGUGUUUUGGAGCACGCUAUUGAGGCAGAUUUCUCUCUUAUCAAGGCAUGGAAAGCCGACACGAGGGGAAAUCUUCUUUUCCGCGGUACAACACAAAAUAUGAAUGCUAUAAUGGCAACAUGUGCAAAGACCUGUAUUGCUGAGGUGGAGGAAAUUGUGGAGGUUGGAAAACUGGAUGCGAGUGAGGUUCAUGUUCCUUUUCUCUAUGUGGAUCGCAUCGUGCUAUCUGAAAAAGCAGAAAAGCACUCGAACCCAAGUUCAAUUCACGAUGAUGAAGCGAGUGCGUCAUCUAAUAUUGAAAAGAAGCAGGAACGCAUUGCGCGACGUGCGGUCCUUGAGCUGGGUAAUGAUAUGUGUGUGAAACUCGGAGUGGGCACACCUUCCCUGGUAAAACGUUUCUUGCCUGAAAAUGUUAAGGUUUUUGCUCUUUCAGAAUCAGGAAUGAUAUGGAGUGAAACUCUUCCUAAGAAUAAAAAAGUUUCCGAUCCGGAUUUUGUAAAUGCCGGUGGAGAAGCUGUUGUAAUUCCAGAUCCGGGUGCUUCUCUCUUUGAUAGUGUUGUGUCAUUAUCAAUGCUUCGGGGUGGACACGUGGAUGCAACUAUGCUGGGUGCUUUUCAAGUCUCAUCCACCGGUGAUAUCGCAAGUUGGUAUGCCGCUGGAAAACUGAAUGAACUUGCUGGAGCUAUGGGUGUCGUAUCCAGUGGUGGACGAAUUAUUGCCCUUACAGAGCACGUAAACGAAGAUGGAACACCACGUAUUGUGGAGCACUGUAAUAUGCCAUUAACAGGUAAAGGUGUUGUUCAGACUAUUAUAACGGAUUUGGCUGUUUUUGAUGUGGUUUGCAAAGGUGGUAAUGCUCGUCAACUAUUACUAAAAGAAAUAGCGGAGGGUGUUACUAUUGAUGAACUUAAAGCAAAGACUGGUGCCUUUUUUCUUAUCUCUGACGAGUUAAUGAAAAUGAGACAGAUUUAG